AUGGACUUGGACAUCCCACAAGCCUUCCAGAAAGAACUCAUCUGCCUCAUCUGCCUGAAUUGCCUUACAGACCCAGUCACCAUAGACUGUGGGCACAGCUUCUGUUGGCCCUGUCUCUGUCUUUACUGGGAGAAAGCCGAGACUCCCGCCUGUUGCCCGGUGUGCAGGAAACCAUCCCAAGAGACAGAAUACAAAACCAAUAUUCUUCUGAAGAAUCUGGUGUCCAUUGCCAGAAAAGCCAGACUCAGGCAAUUCCUGAGCUCUGAGGAACAUAUGUGUGGGACCCACAAGGAGACAAAGAAGAUCUUCUGUGAAGACAGCAGGAGCCUGCUGUGUGUGCUCUGCUCUGAAUCUCAGGAGCACGAGGCUCACAGUCACCGUUCAGUGGAAGAGGCCGCUGAGGAAUACCGGGAGAAGGUUUCCAAGCAAAUGAGGUCUUUAUGGGAAAAGAUGCAAGAAAACCAAAGAAAUCUCGAUAAAGAUGGCAUGGAAAUUUCCUUCCAUAAUGGAGUAACCAAUGACGAUAUCAGGCUGUUGGAUGACGUGAGAAGUUUGAGGUACAUGCAUGACUAUCCAUAUGCGUCUUUGAAUCCCGGGACAUCAAACUAUUUUGCUUCCUGGGGAACCCAGAACUUCACCUCUGGAAAACACUACUGGGAGCUGCACGUGGACGCAUCUUGGGACUGGGCUCUAGGCGUCUGUAAGGAUUCCUGGAUAAGGAAGACUGGCACACUGGUUGAAUCGGAGGAGACAUUUCUUCUUGUAUGUGUGAAGGAGGAUAAUCGUUACAGUCUCUGGACCACCCCCCCGACACAACCUCGGUUCACAGAGAAACCUGUGGGCCGGGUUGGUGUGUUCCUUGAUUUAGACCGUGGCAGUAUGAGCUUUGUGGAUGUUGCAAAGCGCUCCAUCAUUUGGAGGUACCCAGAUGGCAUGUUCAGUUUCCCUGUCAGGCCUUUCUUUUGCGCUGGCCACGCAUGA